CUUGAUAAAUAUAACUUCACUCUUCUCUCUGUAUCAUGAUUAGCUGUUAACCCAUAACUACUAUCAUCUUUUAUGAAUAAACAAGGUUAGCUCUACAUCGUACUGAAUAAGAAUAUCAAUUGAGUUUCAUUUACAGUUAAAAUACUUUGUGCUUGAUCAACUGAAGUCAAUUUCAAUCAUCAAAAUGGUCCUCGAACUGUACCAAUUACCCCUCUCUUCUCCUUGUCGACAAGUUUUGAUGGUUGGUAAAAUCCUUAACCUUCCUUUUGAGAUUAAAACGGUCCAUCUGAUGGAAGGCGAACACUUGAAACCCGAAUUUCUGAAGAUGAACCCUUUCCAUUGUAUCCCAACCUUGGUCGAUAAUGGAUUUGCUUUGUGGGAAAGUCGGGCAAUCAUGACUUAUUUGGUUAACAAGUAUGCACCAGAAAGUAGUCUUUAUCCCAAAGAUGUGAAAGCUCGUGCAACUGUAGAUCGAUGGCUUUACUGGGACGCUGGUUCACUCUACGCGAGCAUUUUUUCGUACUAUUGUCCUAUUGUAUGGCAGAAAGCCAAACCAGAUCCAGCAAAUAUAGCACCUUGCAUGGAUAAAAUUAAGCUUCUUGAUGAGGCCCUUGCAAAGACCAAGUUCUUGUGUGGAGACACCAUUACUUUGGCUGACCUUUCUUGUUUGGCUACCAUAACGACUGCUAAAGCUGUAGACCUUGAUAUCAGCGCAUUUAAAAACGUUGACCGUUGGUUGAAGGAACUGAAAUCGAACUAUGCUAGUUGGUGGAAAGAGUUGGUCAUCGACUAUGAUAAAAAUUUCAGAGAUUUCCUUCGAGAUUGUCUUGCUUAAAACUCUGUUUGCAUUGCAUCCUUAAUCACACCCGAGUCUGGCAAUCAUCAGGACGAUUCUUAAACAAUAUGAAAUUUAGUUUGAUUAUGAAUAAAUAAUAAAUUUAACUUCGAAUUGUA